CCUUGUUUUAUAUAAAUGUUAAAUCGGGAUUCGUAAAACACAUUCACUUGAGACACUAAGAACAAAAUGAGGGCACUUCAAAUUUGUACCAUCAUACUGGCUGCAAUUGGUAGCAUUUCGUGCGGAGAUGCUGUACCCAAAAAAGACAAAAGAGGAAUCAUAGGUCUUGGAUACGGUGCCGGUUUAGGUCAUUUAGGAUCAGGCAGCCUAGCUCUUUCAGGUGGUCACGGUCUAGGAGGAGGAUCUCUAGGUUUAAGCAGUGGUCUCGGCCUAAGCGGCGGAAGCAUUUCCCUCGGAAGUGGUCUCGGCGGUGGAGGAAUUGCCCUGGGAAGCGGUCUCGGCGGUGGAGGAAUUGGGCUGGGAGGUGGUCUCGGUGGUGGAGGUAUUGCCCUGGGAAGUGGCCUCGGUGGUGCGGCGUUAGGAGGAGGCAGUACUCAUACUAUCACGACCGUAAACCGAGCUGUGCCAGUCCCAGUACCCCAACCAUACCCAGUACCAGUUAAUCGUCCAGUGCCCGUACCAGUACCGCAGCCUUAUCCAGUAUCAGUGCCACGCCCAGUACCCGUGCCGGUACCACAACCCUACCCUGUAACCGUCACCCGCCAUGUUCCAGUCGUAGUCUCAAGACCAGUGCCUGUACCCCAACCUUACCCAGUGCCUGUGUCGGUGCCGCAUCCAGUACCAGUUAGAGUACCACAGCCGGUACCAGUUGCGGUACCUGUACCACAACCAGUGGCUGUGUCGUCAGGACCAGCGAUUGGAAUCGGUUCUGGAUUUGGUUCUGGCAUAGGUUCUGGCUUAGGGGCUGGUCUAGGCUAUGGUUUAGGCUCUGGUUUAGGAGUUUCCUCUAUAUCGCUCGGUUCAGGACUAGGUCAUGGUGGAAUAGGCGGUGGCCUUAUUGGAGGUGGCCAUGGAGGAUUUGGAGGUGGCCUCAUUGGAGGUGGCCAUAGUAGCAUAGCACUGAGUAAAGGCUGGUGGAAGGUGGAAAAUAAUAAUAUAAUUCUAAAUAAUUCUAGAACUGUAUCCAGAAACUAUUCAUUUUCAAACAUAAAUAUCGACAAUUAUUAUUACCCUAUGAUCGAAGUACACAUGAUCUUCUUAAUCAGAGAAAGUAUAUCUACAGUUGGACACAAAUUUGAAUACAUAAAUAUUUUAUGGGGAGAAAUGCGUGUGGAUAUAUAUAAAGGGACAAAAAAAAGGCAACCAGUACAUCUUCCCAACACCACAAACAUCUGUGCUACCAUGAGGGCUUUCAAGAUUUUCGCGUUUAUCUUAGCCGCAAGUAUUUCUUGUGGCUUCGCAAAACACGAAAAAAGAGGCUUGCCAGCUCUGGGGUACUCUUCUGGAUUAGGAUUAGGCGGAGGCCACUUUGCACCUACUGGUUAUGGAUAUGGAUACGGAGGAUUUGGUACUUUAGGCGGUGUAUCUUUUGGAGGCAGUGCAGCCUUAGGAGGAGGUGGUGUUCUUCUAGGAGGUGGUGGUAUAGCCCUAGGCGGACCAGUUCUAUCUGGCAGAACCACAUUCUCCACAAUUAACCAACCGGUACCUGUACCUGUACCGCAACCCAUACCAGUAUCUGUUAAUCGUCCAGUUCCCGUGCCAGUUCCGCACCCAGUACCAGUAGAUGUUCCACGUGCAGUUCCUGUAGCGGUACCCAGAGCGUAUCCUGUAGUGAUAAACCGCCCUGUACCCGUGGUAGUACCUCGUCCUGUGACGGUACCUCAGAGAGUGGUUGUACCUGUGCCUCAGCCUGUACCAGUUCGAGUGCCUAUUCCUCAGCCUGUUCCAGUAUCAGUUCCACAGCCUUAUCCUGUAAAUGUACCAACGCCAAUAAGUGUCCCUGUACCAGUAGCUGCAGCAGUUCCUAUAGCUGUUGGUUUUGGUCCAGGAUUUGUGGGUGGAUUAGGAAUAGGCGGUUAUGGAGCAGCGCUUGGGUCUGGAUUGGGAUUCGGUCCCAGCUUGUUACCUUAUGGUAAAUACUGAGGCAGCUCGUGUAGUAUUAAAU